GACAGUGAAAAUGAAAGGGAUUAGUUUGGACAUAUAUUGAGGAGUGUAAGGCGGUGUGUACGGAGCAGCUCUCAUGAUAUAUGAAUAUUCGACUUCAUGGGCAUGAAGACGAAGUGAACGCAAUCUUGGCAGGUCGCUGCAUCGAAAAGUCAUGUGGAGGUUAAAGAGUGGGGAGGACACAAAAGGACAUCCUUUUCUGCAGUCCUUGAAUGAUUUUCAAGGACGCCAGGUGUGGGAACUCGACCCUGAUGGUGGAUCACCAGAGGAGUUGCAAGCCGUGAAGGCAGCUCAAGAUGCGUUUACCGCCAACAGAUUGAGUCAGAAACAUAGCUCAGACCUCUUGCUGCGCCUGCAAUGCUCUGGGAGCCUUGAUGAUCCUACAGCACGAAGGAGGCAGUCAGGGGCUGCCACUGGGCCAGAGGUGACAUCUGCACUGCGCGAAGGCAUUUCAUUUUACUCCAAGCUGCAACAAGCAGAUGGUCAUUGGCCUGGCGACUAUGGGGGCCCCAUGUUCCUCAUGCCGGGCCUCGUCAUCACUUGCUACGUGACGGGCUGUCUGGACACAGUCUUGACCGCCCCUCACAAGGCAGAGAUGCUGCGGUAUCUGAAGAACCAUCAGAAUUCAGAUGGGGGCUAUGGCCUGCACAUUGAAGGUCACUCCACCAUGUUUGGGACUGCUCUCAGCUACGUGACAAUGCGGAUUUUGGGCCUCCCAGCAGAGGAUGAAACUUGCGAGACUGCACGAAGAUGGAUUCUCGAUCAUGAGGGGGCGACACACAUUACAUCAUGGGGAAAGUUCUGGUUGGCGGUCCUGGGCUGCUACUCCUGGGACGGCAUGAACCCGACCCCGCCUGAGAUCUGGAUGCUCCCCUAUGCUUCCUGGAGUGGGAUCGGCCUGGCACACCCGGGCCGCUUCUGGUGCCACUGCCGAAUGGUGUAUCUACCCAUGAGCUAUGUGUACGGCAUGCGGGGCACUGGCAAGCUGACUCCACUGGUCCUCAGCCUGCGGAAGGAGCUGUACCCGGGCAGCUACGAGUGCAUAAACUGGAAUGCUGCGCGCAACCAGUGUGCCUCGACCGACCUGUACUACCCGCACCCCUGGAUCCAGGAUGUGCUCUGGUGGUCCCUAUACAAGGCAGAGGGGCUGCUGCUGGGAUCCGGCCUCCGCAAGAAGGCCCUGGCUGAGGUCAUGCGCCACGUGCACUACGAGGACGAGAACACGCGCUAUGUGUGCAUCGGGCCUGUUAACAAGGUCAUCAACAUGCUGUGUUGCUGGUUUGAGGACCCAGACUCUGAGGCCUUCAAGAGGCACAUCCCGCGCCUGUAUGAUUUCCUGUGGGUGGCGGAGGACGGCAUGAAGAUGCAGGGGUACAACGGGUCCCAGCUGUGGGACACCACAUUCGCGGUGCAGGCCAUCUGCGCCACCGGCCUCGCACCUGAGUUCAGCGACUGCAUGCGCCGCGCCCACCACUACGUGGACGUCACACAGGUGCGCGACGACUGCCCUGGGCCCCUGAGUGCAUGGUACCGCCACAUCAGCAAAGGGGCCUGGCCCUUCUCCACAAGGGACCACGGCUGGCCCAUCUCUGACUGCAGCUCAGAGGGCCUCAAGGCCUCUUUGUCACUUGCCGCACUGGAUCCUGCCAAGGUUGGCGCGCCAAUCUCGGAUGACCGCCUCUUCGAUUGCGUGAAUGUGAUCCUGUCCUACCAGAAUGGCGACGGCGGCUGGGCGACCUAUGAGAAUACGCGCUCCUACUCAGCACUGGAGCUGAUCAAUCCCUCGGAGACCUUUGGGGACAUCGUGAUAGACUACAGCUACGUGGAGUGCGCGUCCGCCUGCAUGACAGCGCUGGCCGAGUUCCAGCACAAGCACCGGGAGCAUCGCAGCGCGGAGGUUCUGGCCUCCCUCCGGCGCGGCCAGCGCUUCAUCGAGAAGCAGCAGCGUGCGGACGGCUCCUGGUACGGCUCCUGGGGCGUCUGCUUCACCUACGCGGCCUGGUUCGGGUGCGAGGCGCUGGCGGCAGUGGGCAAGACGGUGGCGAACAGCGAGGCGCAGCUGCGCGCGUGCGAAUUCCUGCUCAGCAAGCAGUGCCCCGACGGCGGCUGGGGCGAGAGCUACCUCUCCUGCCAGGACAAAGUGUAUUCACAGUUGGAGGGGCAGAAGUCGCAGGUGGUGAACACAGCCUGGGCGAUUUUGGCGCUGAUCUCAGCGGGCUAUCACCACCGGGACACCAAGCAGAUCCAGAAUGCAGUGCGCUGCCUGCUGCGGCAGCAGCUGCCAUCGGGUGACUGGCCGCAGGAGCACAUCACUGGAGUGUUCAACCGGAACUGCAUGAUCACAUAUGCCAACUACAGGAACAUCUUCCCUAUCUGGGCACUUGGGCGGUACAGAGUUGACGUCCUGAAGCUCUGAAUGGCAGGAGCUGCUCCUCAAAGCCUCACCAUAUAUAUAUACUGCACCUCAAGCAAACGGUUUUCCUUCCAAGUACAUAGGCUUCUGCAGCACUGCGAUUUAUGUGAGCGAGCGAGUAGGUAGCUGAAUGGAGAGCAUUCUUUGAUACGUUCUGGCCCAUACUGAAUGGGCCAGUUGAGGGAGCCAGUUGAGCGGAUGACUCGGGGAUUUGAAAGGGUGGUGUUGGCAUUGUGAUCGCAAUUGCCUGAUUAGGUAUUCCCUGAGAGCAUUGUUUACUAGCCCCCGUUUUUGAGCUUGCUGUAUCAUGGCUGUGAAACAAUGGAUACCUGAUGUAAAUACCUGCUCUGCC